AGAUUAUCAGAAAUAUCACUCGCAUUCGGUUUGUUGUCGGUGGUCGCAAGACAAUAGUCGGGGAAUUUCCCCAUAUGGGGGCUAUCGGUUGGAAAACUCCCAUCGAUACUUGGAUAUUUAAAUGUGGAAGCUCCCUCAUUAGCCCGAAAUUUGUGCUCACUGCCGCCCACUGCACAAAGGCUUCACCCAGAGAUACCAGUAUUGCAGAUAUCGAUCCUAAAAUCGUAAGAUUUGGCACAAAAAACAUAUUUUUAGACAAUGAAGUAUCAUCUCUUAAAGCUGACGUAUCAAUAUCCAGAGUUAUUAUACAUCCAAAGUAUAAACCUCCAAAGAAGUAUUACGAUAUAGCCUUAAUGGAAUUAGAAACUGAAGUUCAAUUCAAUAAGAUGGUACAACCAGCUUGUCUUUGGCACAAACCAGAUGACAGCUUUGGUAAUUUGGCUUCUGUGACUGGAUGGGGUAUUUUAAAAGCUGGUGCCCGCAAUACAUCAGCAGAACUACAAGCCGGAGAUGUUAACAUCAUUAAUUCUACAUCGUGCGGCGAAUUGCUGAAAUCCUCAUCCAACAGGCACUGGGACGGAAUAAAGGAUCACCAGCUUUGUGCUGGAAAACCGCAAGGUGGUGUUGACGCUUGUCAGGGUGACUCUGGUGGACCAUUACAAGUACAAAUCCCACUACCAAAAACAUUCACUGCUAGAGAAGGUUCUAUGUAUAAUAUAAUUGGAGUAACAUCAUUCGGCGUGGGCUGCGCUCUACCAAAUUUACCCGGAGUAUACACAAGAGUGUCCAGUUUUAUUGAUUGGAUUGAAAAUAUUGUUUGGAUCAGUGUAAAACGAAAAAAGACUAGGUGUACGGAGAAUAUAUAUUCAGAAAUUACAAUGAAAACUAUACAAAAUUCGAUAAGUGGUUUCGAAGGAACUGUACUGUACUGUUUAUGUGUAAUAGAUAUAUUAUUAAAAAUUUCAGUUGCUGUAAUACAAAUUAUACAAGCGGCAAAAGUAACCGUUUCUAGGCGCCGAGAUGGGUGGGAUUGGAGUCAUAUUGAUUCACUUGACACAACGCCUACUACAGCUGUUAACCAGAGAUUAUUAGCACCCACAACAACAACAACCACAGCAACAACAACAGCGGCUCCGUGUCAUGAACCACCAGGCGUCCAACCAAACUUCCACACUUCAGGCCGCAGAAUAAGCACAAUAAAAUGCUACGAAUACAUCUGGCAGUUAAAAGAUCGAGUAGAUAAAGCAGACAAGUAUAAAAGAUGUGUAGCUCACCGACGCCCGUCAUUGGGCAAUCGCCAUGUAAUCGGAGGCCGGGGUACAAAACCAGGAGAAUUUCCACACAUGGGUGCUAUAGGUUGGAGAGGUGUCACUGAAAAGUGGUUAUUUAAUUGUGGAAGCACCCUUAUUAGCCCCAACUUCGUGCUAACUGCUGGUCAUUGUACAAAAGCAUCUCCCAGGGAUACCAGAAUUGCAGAUAUAGUUCCAAAAAUUAUAAGAUUUGGUGCUAAGAACCUCAAAUAUCCCAGAGGUACUACUGACACAAAUAUCUCUAGAAUCAUACCUCAUCCUCAAUACAAACCACCGAAGCAAUAUUAUGAUAUCGCUUUGAUGGAAAUUAAAAGUCCAGUAGACUUCAGUAAGGUGAUACAACCGGCUUGUCUAUGGAGCAGAAACCAAGAAAGUUUUGGAACUAAAGCCACAGUCACUGGGUGGGGUGUUUAUAGAAACGGUAACCGUAACACAUCGGACGAACUACAAGCUGGUGACAUAAACAUAAUAGACUCUAAUAACUGCAACCGGCUGUUAAAAUCCUCAUCCAACAGACUUUGGGAUGGAUUACUGGACAAUCAGUUCUGCGCUGGGAAAUUGGAAGGUGGUAUCGACGCCUGUCAGGGUGAUUCAGGAGGACCGUUGCAAGUAAAGAUUCCAUUACCAGAACCGUACAAUAAACGUGAGGCGACUGUACAUUACGUCAUUGGAAUCACAUCAUUUGGCAUUGGCUGCGCUCAGCCGAACUUACCCGGAGUGUAUACCAGAGUAUCUAGUUUUACCGAUUGGGUCGAAAAUAUUGUUUGGAAUUAA